AGCGCUCUCUCAUUAUGAUACGAUCUGAUAUUCGCGUGUUAUUGACUUAUAAACUUAUACAACAUGCUUGUAACUAUUCAAAAUGGCCGCCGGUGUUUGUAAACAUUUACAAAAAGUGGAUUUUAUCUGGAAUGGAAGGACUAAUGAACAUAAAUUUGGACUCAGCUUGAAGAUAAAAUAUCCAGGCGCUGGUUCCUGAUUCAGGACAACCACCUUAUGUACAAGAAGAAAUCCAGGAAUAGCAUGGUGGACAUAGCCGAUUUACGCCAGUGCACGGCCAAACACUACAGGAGCAUCGGACGCCGUUGCUGCUUCCAGGUGGUUUCACCUACAAAGAUCUGGGUAUUGCAGGCUGAUUUAGAGGAGAAUAGAGAGGCUUGGAUCAGAACCAUUCAGAACAUGGUUGCUAACACCGAUGGUGACAGAACAGACGACUCCAUCACUUCCCGAUCAGAUGAGGUGGUGGAUUUGAGCCCAGAACAGGAAGGAUCCAGUAGCUCCUCUAAAUCACGUGGAUCACAACACACACAGAGUGACUCGCUACGUCCACAAUCCGCUUCUGGAACUUCAGUCGAGAGCGUUGAAGCUACAGUUGGAGGGACCUCACACAUUGAAGAGAGCCCGGAGGAACUGAGCACCAGCACUUCCUCCAGCGACUCCAUCCACACAGCUGGUGAUGAGAGCACGACUACAGGAAAGCACUCGGUCCAGAGAGGCAGCGCUCCUUCUGAAGAGUGCUUCAAUAGCCGAUACAGAGUGGGAAAGCUUCUGGGGAAAGGAGGCUGCGGUUCUGUGUUUGCAGGACUUCGUGAGGCCGAUGGAAAACAGGUUGCUAUUAAGGUUGUGCUGAAGAGAUUCAUCACCAUUCUUGGCGAGAAGAACGCUCUCCCUGUAGAGGUGGCGUUGAUGCUGAUGGUGUCCGAGCCACCUCGCUGUAAAUACGUCCUGGAGCUCCUGGAAUGGUUCGACAUGCCCGAGUGCUACGUCUUGAUCCUGGAGUGACCCGCCCGCUGCAUGGACCUCUACGAAUACCGAAGGAACGGCUCACUUCCCGAAUGUCUGGCUCAGAUGAUCAUGUGGCAGGUGGUUCUCGCCGCCUGUCACUGCCGUAAUCGCGGGGUUCUCCAUCGGGAUAUCAAGGAGCAGAACCUUCUGGUCAGUUUCCACACCUUAGAGGUCAAGCUCAUAGACUUUGGCUGUGGGGACUUGCUGAAGUCGACCCCCUACAGACGUUUUGCAGGCACCAUGCUAUACGCCCCACCUGAAUGGAUCGAGGAAGGUAAGUAUCACGGUUGCGCUGCAACGGUGUGGAGCCUGGGCGUCCUUUUGUUUGUUCUAGUGUGUGGAGAGCUGCCAUUCUGGAAUGAGAGGGAGAUCGCUGCUGGACACCUGAUCUUCAAAGCUGGUGUGUCUAAGGCCUGCCGUCAUCUGAUCGGACGCUGCCUGGCGAAGGAUCCGAAUAAGAGACCCAGCCUCGAGAUGAUCCUGGAGCACCACUGGUUUCCAGAGAUCCUUAGGAACUAAGUCCAGGCACCUGCACGGGUUUGUAGCAGACAAAUCAUGGCCCAGGUCUGCUACAAGAACACAUCCAGAGGUUUCUGGCUGAGGUUCAGAUCACCUCCAUUCCUCAGCACCGUGUACAUACCACGCCAGGUCAGAAAGAAAGCCCCAUCAAUGAACGAGUCUAACCUACUGGAAGAAGCAACCAGAUUAGAUUUGGGCCCAAGCACCCUGAUACCUGGCAGAAGAUGAAACGUUCUUGAGUCACCACAACCAUCUACGAUCAACGACCACGUCUGUCGUCCUGAAAGCACUUUGACCUUCUCUGUGGUGGUGUAUGAGACAAGAGAUGAAACAAAACCAAUAAAAUAUUGAAUAAAA